AUGGUUGAUGAGCAGGAUCAUUUGCUGCCUAUUGCCAACGUGGGCCGGAUCAUGAAGCAAAUCCUGCCACCAAGAGCCAAGAUCUCCAAAGAAGGCAAAGAAACAAUGCAAGAGUGUGCAUCUGAGUUCAUAAGUUUUGUUACUGGUGAAGCAUCUGACAAGUGUCACAAAGAGAACCGCAAGACGGUGAACGGAGAUGACAUUUGUUGGGCUCUGAGUGCACUAGGAUUUGAUGACUAUGCUGAGGCUAUAUUAAGGUACUUACAUAAAUAUAGGGAGUUUGAAAGAGAGAGAGCCAACCAAAACAAAGUUGGUGGCAGUGAAGACAAAGAUGAAGCAACAAACUGUAAAUGUAUCCAAGCUGGGAAGCAAACUGUAAUUCCUCCAUUAGAGUGCAGAGUUAUCGAGAAGGGUAAUAGCUCUCUUACAAAGCCAUCUUAAGCAAUAUCUAUUAUGAAGAUAAUGAGGAUAAUAAUGGUGAUGAACAACAUCAUAGGAGCUAGGAAGCUCGAGUUUAUUGCCCAUAUGGUUGAAUCAAUUGUAAAAGGUUUGAAUAUAUCUCUGGAUUUCCUCCAACGAAGUCAGUAGGAUCUAAAGUUUGAGGUAUUUUGCACCUUUCUCCUCAACUAGGGCUUUUCACAUUUCUUUCUUACUAUCCUUUUUUCUUCUUCUUUGGGUGAAAAAGGGGGAAGAAAGAUUUGUGCAAGAUU